UUGUAAAUCAGUGUACCAAUCACGUAUGCUUUCCCCGAAAAGUUCAAUUAAAUUGAUAUUUCUUUAUGAAUGCCAUGGCAUCAGCCAACGAGGAAAGCUGUCUCAGGGAAGUGUAUUAUUUAACUAAAAAUGAAACCAAAAAUUGGCGUUCUCUAUUGAAAUAUGGUGAAAAUCUGGAUACGGAAAUACGUAGAAAAUUACUAUGGAUAUGGCCAAACGAGAAAUGUUUAUGGCAGCUGGGCAAAAUAUUACGGCAAUUUGGCAUUGGCUGUUUGUUAAGCAUAGGUUGUGGCAAUGGAUUAUUUGAAUGGAUACUACGAGAAAGUCUAAAUAUUGAAACCUAUGGCGUAGAGGUAGAUCGACAAUGGUGGUGCAGCAAUUAUGCCAUAAAAUCAUUUAUAGAAUUAAAUUACAUAGAUAGCAUGGAUGUGACGAAAGAUGAUUAUCUUAGAACCUGCUGUCUACGAGAUAGUUGGAAUUUUGCCCUGUUAUUUUGUUAUUUUAAUAAUCGUCCAGCAUUUUUACAAUAUCUUAAUCUAUACAAAGGGAAAUGGCUAUGCAUAAUUGGUCCGUUGGAAAAAAGAAAUGUUUAUACGGAUCCCUUGCCAUUGGAACCAAAUUUUCCACAAGGCAGCGAAAAGCUAACGUGGAAACUUAAAGCUUCGUUAAAAAUGGGCGAAAAUGACAUUAUGGCUUUAUAUGAAAAACAAAUGGAUUAAUGGUUUUUUUUUAUAAAUUAAGUCUAGUUAAGUUAAUAAAAAAUACUUAGCUUCAUAAAUCGUAUGUGAAGGAAUCCAUUGCACAAUUACAGAAAGUAGAACAAAGCUAGCCUCUAAAUACAAUUUUUUC